AUGUCUCUGAAGAAACAAGCUUCAGAGAGGAAGAGUAAUGGAAGUCACAGCAAGUCGAGUCGUUAUCGAUGCUUGUCAUUCUCGUUCGUGGACUCAGCAUCAGUGGAUGGGAAGAAGAAACCAUCAUCGUUGAAAGACUUGAAACGUAUGGAUUCCAAAAAGGUCAAGGCAGAGAUUGUGAAGUGGGCAAAGCGUGUUGCGGCUUAUGCUCGCCAACUUAGCUCGAGAAAACGAGAUUAA